AUGGCUUCGGCGGUAACCAAGGCGGUCCUCUCCCCGCCUCUGCGGCGGGCAAUCGCGCAAUCGCGCGGAUUCCAGACGAGCUCCAAGAGCCUUCUCCCAUCAAGCUUCGGCAUCGGCUCCAGCAUUCCUCCCUCCUACUUCCAGAAGCCUUCCCUCCCCGCCAAUACCGUCGUCCGCUUCGUCCCUCAGCAGACAGCAUGGAUCGUUGAGCGCAUGGGCAAGUUCAACCGCAUCCUUGACCCCGGUCUGGCUAUUCUCGUCCCCUUUAUCGACCGCAUUGCCUACGUCAAGUCGUUGAAGGAAGUCGCCAUUGAAAUUCCCAGCCAGAGCGCCAUUACCGCCGACAACGUGACGCUUGAGCUGGAUGGCGUCCUCUACACGCGCGUCUUUGACGCCUACAAAGCCAGCUACGGAGUUGAAGACGCCGAAUAUGCCAUCUCCCAGCUGGCCCAGACUACGAUGCGCUCCGAGAUCGGUCAGCUGACCCUCGACCACGUUCUCAAGGAGCGCGCAGCUCUGAACACCAACAUUACCGCCGCCAUCAACGAGGCCGCCCAAGCCUGGGGUGUUACCUGCCUGCGAUACGAGAUCCGCGAUAUCCACGCUCCCGAUGGCGUGGUCGAAGCCAUGCACCGACAGGUCACUGCCGAGCGAUCGAAGCGAGCCGAGAUUUUGGACUCCGAGGGUCAGCGACAGUCAGCCAUCAACAUUGCCGAGGGUAAGAAGCAGAGUGUCAUUCUUGCUUCCGAGGCCAUGCGCGCCGAGCAGAUCAACAGAGCAUCCGGUGAAGCGGAGGCCAUUCUCAUGAAGGCUAAGGCAACGGCAGCUGGUAUCGAUGCCAUCGCGAAAAGCAUUGCUGAAGGCGAAGAUGCGGCCAAGGGCGCCGUCAGUUUGUCCGUGGCCGAGAAGUAUGUGGACGCGUUUGCCAAGCUGGCCAAGGAGAGCACGGCUGUUGUUGUUCCCGGCAAUGUCGGUGACAUCGGUGGCAUGAUCGCCACUGGUCUGAGUGUCUAUGGCAAGGUCGGCGAGGCCCAGGCCAAGACCAUGGCGAAGCAGAUUGUCAACCGCGACUCGGCCCAGGAGGCGGAGGAAGGCGAGAAUGAUAAGCCCAAGCAGCUCAAGGACUCUGUGUUGGAGAGCUUCGACCAGGCAGCAGGAAAGAGCUGA